GAGAGGUGCCUUGCUCCUUUAAAAUUAAAUCAUAUCUCUGAAAACCAUCAGCCUAGGCGUAGACUAUAGACAACGCGUAACUUGCUGUAAACUUAGCAAAACGCUACUGCCAAAAAGCCCAACAAUGUUUGAUGGGUUGUAUUCGUCCUUUUUGUAUUAAUAUCAAUCUGCCUUCUGUUCCCACUAUCUCCAUGACAUCUCAGCUCGUAGUUAGGGCCCACAUUAAUGGAAAUCACGACUCGGCAUUUCGGCAAAACACAAAGGAGAAAAUAAUUAUACCAAGUCAUUAUUCUGCCUUGAAAAAGAAAGGCAAUGUUUGCUAAAAAAUAUCCUCACACGUGAACAUUUGUCCCACUCACCCUCCCACGCUAGUCUAUAUCUUUUUACUGUGUGGCUGACUCGGCCCUUCCUUCCUUCCAUCCAUCGUGCGGCCUCAGAAGAGAAGCAGUGCUCAAGACGUGUUUACUGCCUAGAGAUACAAGAGGACAUAAAUAGUUUUGCCUUGGCCGCAAACGUCAGCAUUCACAUGCAGAGGGAUUCCCCAUACUCUCUCGGUUUCUUUCUCCCCCUGUUUCUCUAGUCUCCCUCCUCUGUUUUCCCUUCUGGAUGUGUACCUCCUUUCCAUUUGUCUCACCAAGAGCCUGAUGGGGGGUCUUUCCCUUGGUUCAUCCCAACCAAGGCUUUGAUCUGCGGCGUACCCUGUUCAUUAACGCAUCUUUUAUUUAUUUUUUAUACCAUUCAGGAAACAUACCUAUUCCAUCCUAGGAACUUUGAAAUUGGUGAAAUAUUGCAUCGAAAAUAACCAGAACUCCCAGCACCAUUCGUAAACAAAAGGCUUUAUAGGCUACAUAAAAUGCUAAAAUGUUGGUAAUGGUAAUGUGCUGUUGUCAUCUGCUGUGCUGCGUAAAUCUGUGUACUUAUGUUAUUCGAUUCUGUGUGGAAUAAAUAACAACAACAAUUAGGGGAUGGGUGUUCGUGGUUUUUGUAAUGCUAUAUUUUCCCCAUACUACUUCAUCACGUGGGGGAGGAGAACCACACGAUUUGAAGUGGCUUUCUGUGUUCAAGGCGCUAGUUCAUUUGCAUAAUUGUUCUUGUCUAUGGUGACGCUAUGUUUCGGGGGAGUUCACUGGUCUGGUGAUGUCUGCAUGGUACUUGUGCACGUACUUGUACACAUAGUCCAGCAUAGCCUAGGUUUAAUAUUGGUAUGAGGCAUGGGCACUGCUCGAGCAUGUGAUAAAUUCAACCGUGAGGGCAGAUAGCGCUUAUCUGGGCGACCCAAGUGCUCGCGCCUGCUUUCGUAAUCUCGGUUUACCCAUCGACGUCGAAUAGAAAAAAAGGGAAUUCGUUUCUUCUACACACAGAGCCAGUCGCCUCUUCCCUUUUCUGUUGUGGCCGAUGAGUCCUGUAUGAGCUAGGUGCAGGCGGGUCCUGCUGAUUCUACCCCAGCUAAACUUUCUCUCUGGACUACUGUUCUGAUCCAUUUUGUCGUUGAAUGAGAAAUAUUGCGUUGUGCUCUGCAUUCGUCGUCAGAGGAAAAGGUUCACCCGAGGAGGCCAUUGGCGGAGAGGCGUCACGUGACCAAGGGGUGCCAAUGUUAUUCUACAAGGGUGUCAAGACCCUGUCAGUUUCUGAAAUAAAUAUUGGGAAACGGCGAGAUGCAAAAGGCAACCUACCUCGACAGCUCCGCAAUUUACAGUGGCUACCCGUAUCAAAGCGCAAAUGGCUUCAGUUAUGACGCCAAUCAGGUUCAAUAUCCCCGGGCCUCUCAUGUGGAAAGUGAGUACCAUCGACCCGCCUGCUCCCUGCAGUCCCCAGACGGCUCGGUCGCACUGAAGAAGCCGGGGGAGAUAGCAGAGAGCUGUGAUAGGAGUACGGCCAUCCAGGCGGCGCAGCCACCCGUCCUCACCGACAGCAAUCAACCACAGGUGUCGGUGUCUGUCCCGCCACCCCCUCUCCAGUCACAGUCCCCUGGUUCUCUCAACCAGAACAAGAGCAACGGCUCCAGUCAAGCCGACUCAAAUGGUUCCGUACACGGCUCGCCGACAUCCACCACCCGGAAACAUAUCUUCCCAUGGAUGAAAGAGUCCCGUCAGAACCAGAAGCCUAAAACCAGUAGCUCCAGCUCAGUUGAGAGUUGCCAAGGAGACAAGAGCCCUCCGGGCGGGUCAGCCGCCUCGAAAAGAGCCCGUACGGCUUAUACCAGCGCACAACUGGUGGAACUGGAGAAGGAGUUCCACUUCAACCGUUACCUCUGCAGACCCCGCAGGGUCGAGAUGGCUAACCUGCUCAACCUCACGGAGCGGCAGAUUAAGAUCUGGUUCCAGAACCGCAGGAUGAAGUACAAAAAGGAUCAGAAAGGGUGCGGCAUGAUGCCCUCUCCCGGGGGACAGUCCCCUCGGAGCCCCCUCGGUCCAUCUCCCAGUAGUGGGGGUGGAGGAUACCUAACCUCUAUGCAUUCUCUGGUUAACAGUGUCCCCUAUGAGUCCCAGUCGCCAACGUCUUACAAUAAGCCCCCUCAUAAUGCAUACGGUAUGUCCACGUCAUAUCCUCCUCCCUUGAACAGCUCCCUAAACAACUGCCCGCCCUCUCAGAAGAGGUAUUCCGGGACUGGCGGCUCGCCCACGCCCGAGUAUGACGCGCAUCCUCUCCAAGGCAAUGGGGGCUAUGGGGCGCAGUUGCAGCAGGGCAGCCCUGUGUAUGUUAGCGGAGGCUACAUCGAUUCGAUGCCCAACAACGGGUCCUCCAUUUUCGGCCUGACCCAUCUCUCGCAGCCGCCGUCCACACACAUGGACUACAAUGGAGCAAUCACUAUGGGCAAUAGUCACCAUCACGGACUGUGUGAUCCGAACCCGACGUACACAGACCUUACGCCGCACUACUCUCAGGGAAGAAUUCAGGAAGCGCCCAAACUUACGCAUCUGUAGCCGGGAUGCACCCCGGAUCACUCCGCCCCAUUGUCCUAUACUACCAUCGCUUUGUUCCUUCUCUUCUUCAGUAGCUUCUUCCACCUUUUCUUUGUUUUACGUUUUGUUUUUUAAAUAGUUGAAUGUGUGAAGUAGGAUAGGAAAGUCAUCACUUUGCUUAAAAUAUGAUGUCUAUUUGCUAUGGUGUCAUUGUUCCACGCAGACAUAUUAUCUGAUAUGACAAGCGCGGGGGCACAAAUGCAUAGACCUAUUUAAUCUGUAAAUUGUUUCUAAAAACAAAAAUCAAACAGGGUAUAUGAACAAAUAUUAUGGUAUUCUUUUUGAUGUGAAUUUUUGUUAUUUAUCCACAGUUGAAUAUAUGUUUUUGUGUUAUUGUUUUGCAUUUUGUUGCACUUGUGGAAGGAUCUUUAUAGGAAUCAUGUGCAGGGUUUUUUGAGACAAACACACACACACAAAUGAAGGUCUGGAAGCUCCAGCCUAUGACCUACCCAAAUUGUGUUCUGUUGGACUUUCAACAUGUUAUUUAUUUUUGUUCUGACGUAAUAUGGAGUUUUUUAGUAUUAUUUAACCACCCUGUGCUCUUUGUAUGUGGGGAGAAGGUUAUUGGAAACAGACCUCUAGUUCUACCCCUUACCUGACGGCAGACAGACGACGGACAGACCACAGACAGACAACUCUCAGCAGCACAUAAUAUGUUGGUGUUAUUUUUCUUCGAGGACGUAUUUGAUUUCUCUACGAAUGUAAAUCACGCAAUCAUGCAAUAAGGUUGGAAGGAAGGACAGAAUUUUUUUUUUAUUGCAAAAAAAAAAUAUUUAAGAUAUUACCAAGUUUCUGUUUCAAUGUUAUACAUUCCAUCCUGCUGCAGUUCGGAUAAAUAAAGAAAUGAUUUUCAAUAUAAA